ACCGCCACCCGGGGACCAGAGAGGAAGGAGCUUCCUUUCUUUCUUCUAUAUUCCCUUUUUUCCCCUCUUUUUUCCCCAUCUUUCGAUCCCUCGUCGUCCGCGUCGUACGUCUGUGAACCGACUGCCACCGCCAUCGCCGCCUCCUCUACCGCCUCCGACGUCGUCACCGCCACCACCGCUACCACCGCCGCCUCCACCGCCUCCGCCGCCACGAAGAUCGUAGUACCGUUGCGUACCUCGAGUAGCCGAGUACCUCGAGCGUCCAGUAUCCCCGAACCCGCGAAUGCGGAGUACGAAUACCUGGACGUUAUACCUCGCCGGCCGCCUCUCGUCACGAUGCUACUACUUGCGGUGAUCGGGCUCCUCGUCCUCGCCGGCACGACCACCGCCGAGGUCUUUACCAACACGUUCCUGGUGAGGAUGCGGCAGCCAGCGGAGCGGCACGUAGCUGAUCGCGUGGCGCUGAGGAACGGCUUCAUCAAUCUGGGACCGGUAUUGGACAGUCAGACGGAGUAUCACUUCGUACAUAGAGCUUUGCCGCAUGUACGAAGCAAACGAUCGGUGCCGCACACGCGAAAAUUAAAGGUCGACCCUCUGGUGGCCACGGCGAUACAGCAGCCGGGUUUCAAGCGAGUGAAAAGAGGCUACAAGCUCCUAAGCGUGGAUAACCUCGUGCCGUUAUACGAAAUUAAGAAUCCAGCAAAUCCGGCGAACAAGGACCCGACGGAUCCUUUUUUCAAGUACCAGUGGUAUCUGAAGAAUGUCGGCCAGAACGGCGGUAAACCGAAACUGGAUUUGAACGUCGAGGCGGCCUGGGCUCAGGGCGUCACGGGGAAGAACGUGACGACGGCUAUAAUGGACGAUGGUGUCGAUUACAUGCAUCCGGAUCUCAAAUAUAAUUACAACGCGAAAGCUUCUUACGACUUUAGCAGUAACGAUCCGUAUCCAUACCCGAGGUACACCGACGACUGGUUUAAUAGCCACGGUACGAGAUGCGCCGGGGAGGUCGCGGCCGCGCGCGACAACGGGGUGUGCGGCGUCGGAGUGGCAUAUGACUCGAAGAUCGCGGGGAUCCGGAUGCUGGAUCAGCCGUACAUGACCGAUCUGAUCGAGGCGAACAGUAUGGGCCACGAACCCGAUCUCAUAGACAUUUACAGCGCCUCCUGGGGACCCACGGAUGACGGAAAGACGGUGGAUGGACCUCGCAACGCGACCAUGAGGGCCAUCGUACGCGGCGUUAAUGAGGGGAGAAACGGAUUGGGCAAUAUCUACGUCUGGGCAUCCGGGGACGGCGGAGAGGAGGAUGACUGUAACUGUGACGGAUACGCCGCGAGUAUGUGGACCAUCAGUAUCAACAGUGCCAUCAACGACGGUCAGAACGCGCAUUAUGAUGAGAGCUGCUCCAGCACCCUGGCUUCCACCUUCAGCAAUGGUGCCAAGGACCCUAACACGGGAGUGGCCACUACGGAUUUAUAUGGAAAAUGCACGACGACUCAUAGCGGGACUUCCGCCGCAGCACCGGAAGCUGCGGGAGUGUUUGCGCUAGCUCUCGAAGCCAAUCCGCAACUGACCUGGAGAGAUAUUCAGCAUUUGACCGUCCUAACUUCGAAAAGAAAUUCUCUGUUCGACGCGAAGGAUAGAUUUCAUUGGACCAUGAAUGGCGUUGGACUCGAGUUUAAUCAUCUUUUUGGAUAUGGCGUCUUGGACGCGGGCGCUAUGGUAGCUCUAGCUAAAAAAUGGAAGACGGUACCACCGAGAUAUCACUGCGAAGCUGGUUCUACGUUCGAAACGCAAAAAGUCACGAGCGAUCGAUCCAUUCUCGUGAAAAUUAAAACCGACGCGUGCGCCGGCACGGAGUACGCUGUCAAUUAUUUAGAGCACGUGCAAGCCGUCAUUUCCGUAAAUGCAACUCGGCGUGGUGAUCUCGAGCUGUUCCUCACGUCCCCAAUGGGUACCAGAUCUAUGAUUUUGAGCCGCAGAGUGAAUGAUGACGAUCACAGGGAUGGGUUCACGAAGUGGCCAUUCAUGACGACGCAUACGUGGGGAGAGUACCCUCAGGGGACUUGGUUGUUGGAGGUGAGCUUCAACACUCAAACGCCUCAACAUGGGUGGCUGAAAGAAUGGACACUGAUGCUCCACGGUACCAGAGAACCACCAUACACGGGACUAUCGACCGCGGACCCUCACUCCAAACUAGCGAUUGUUAAGAAGGCCCACGAGGAGCGGUUCAGCGCGAUCUAACGAUAUCGAUGACAACGGUUCACGCGAUUAUCGCCGAUUUCAGCGAAGGAAAUAGGAAUAUUCCGAUCGGAAGAUGUUUACGCGAGCGCUCCUUUUCUGCUUUCCUGAUUUCGCGCCGCGCUGAGGAAUGUACCUCGAUUUUUUUCAGAUUCGGUUGCGCGCUGAUCGCAUCGUUCCGUGCCAAUGUAUCGUCAUUCGUUAUUCCAGCGUGUUGACUUAUAUUCGAAUCAUCAUAGAAAAUCCCGAUACUUUUUAUUAUAAUCUUUGUAAUUAUGAUAUCAAUUAUAAUUACAUAUCGUGCCAUUUAUAACGAAGCUUCUAUGGCGCGUUAAGAAUCUGUAUCUUUUGUACUCUUUUCAGCACACAUAAUUUUUUUCUAAAUCUUAUUACCAAAGAAAAGUCAAAUCAUUAGCACCCAACCUAAUUAAAGAACAGUUUUCCAA